AUGAGUUACCCUUCACCACGAACACCAGGAUCGACUCCGAUCCACGACUACGACAGCGUUUACGCAAGGAUGUCGUCCGCAACUCCCACCCCUUCGCCUCGGCCCACCUGGGCUGAGACCACACCACGACGCCCCGCGACCCGCGCGGCUCAUUCACGCUUCAACAGCUACUCCCAGACGGGCGGCGACUUCAGCCCUCGGCCUCCCAAGGAUUCCCCCCGCUACAACAGCAACGGGCAGUAUAGUACGGCAGAUGUGAGUCUCAAACAUUUUUCGUCUCGCAGGCCUUCCUGGUCAUCUCCACGCUCUAAGCGUGAUCGCCGUUCCUCGUUUACCUAUGUCCGGACUUCCACCCCCUAUGGAGAAUCCGACGAGGACGAGAUUAUCGAGGCUCUGGGUCACACCUACGUGCUUCCUGCACUGUCCCGGUCCAAGCACCACAACCACGAGCGCAGAUCCUCGCUCUACACUCGAGACUUUGAUGGGGGAUGGUACACUAAUUUCGACGCCUACCUGCAGGGUGCCCAGACCGCCGCCUUCUAUGACGAGUUCUACGCCCGAGAGCAGCAGCCACCUGUGCACCAGACACCUCAACGCCCUCCCACCAGUUUCUCUCACACCCGCCGCUCCUCUACCGCCGUCCCUCCUCCCCGGCCCCAAACCGUCCGACCCGUCAGCACACAGCGCGCAAAGCCUCCCCCUCCCUCACCAAAGGCUACCGACGCCGAUGCCCGGAAGCACCGGAUUCCUGCCGGAUACUCACUUAAGAACUGGGACCCCACCGAGGAGCCCAUUCUGCUUCUAGGCAGUGUGUUCGACGCCAACAGCCUUGGCAAGUGGAUCUACGACUGGACCGUUUACUACCAGGGCCCGGCCACUCCCAUCUCUGACAUGGCCGGCGAGCUUUGGCUCCUACUCAUCCAGCUUGCCGGCAAAGUGAAGCGUGCUGACGAGAUCGUUGGACGAGUUCGCAGUGCAGAGAACCGUGACCUGGUCGAGGAGUUUAUCGAGGGCGGCGAGCGCCUCACCGAGAAGCUUCGGAGCCUUCUCAAGUCCUGCGAGGCCCCCAUGCUCAAGGCUGCUAAGAGAAAGCAGUCUGGACUCGGCAAGAAUGCCGGAGUCGAAUUCGUCGAGACCCUCUUUGGCCGAGACCGAGAGUUGGCCAAGACGGAGAAGUUUAUGACCAACGUCCGCCUCUUUAACCUCCGGUUCGACGCCAACUGCGAGGAGAUUCUCAGGAACCCCACCAAAUAA